GAUGGAGGCUGGAUGGGGGUGGGAGGGCCGGUGUUGGAUGGAGUCUGCGUACAGUAGAGUUAUUUAACCCGUGGUGGGAAAUAAAUUAUCGUUUAUAGCUUGUCCCCACCAUCAAAUAUGAAAUACUAAACCCUAAACCAGCGAUAAGUUGUAUAAAUAAUGUAGAAGUUGUAUUGCUUUGUUUUCAACAACUAAUGAUCCGUGUCAAGUGUGGUUAUUUCUGGAACCUAAUACAGAAGUCAAAAUUAGGUUAUUCCAUAGACCUCAUACAAAUGCCAAAAUUAAAUACAUCAAAUAUGAAAUAUUGAACCCUUAACCAGCCGUAAUUUGUACGAAUGUUGUAUUGCUUCGUUCGAAACGCUAGGGGCAGACAUGUGCAUAAAUAUUGCGCCACCGUAAAAAAAACAAGAAGAAGAACAGGGUUAGUAGUUGCAUUUACUCGUGUUCAGCAAUAGGGGUCACCAGAGCAGAAGAACAAACGUAAACAUAUGACGUCAUGAACCCGGAACUUACACGGUUGUUCGACCUGGCUAGCGCCUGGCGAGCUAAUACAAAGGAAAAUGUACACUGCUAGAGUUGUCCGUAGUUUGUCAAGACGAAACAAGACAAAACGCUGACAUUUGUUCUCGUACAAGUACCAUGAGCCACAGAAGAAGGACAGCAGCUUUCAAUCAUGCAUCUCAGGCCGUCUCUGGGCCCCCAUCUGAGUCCAUCAAAACCGCCACAAAGACGCACAACAUUUGCAUGGUGUCUGACUUCUUCUAUCCCAACAUGGGAGGAGUGGAGAGUCACAUAUACCUCCUGUCCCAGUGUCUGAUUGAGAAGGGACAUAAGGUGGUGAUUGUCACUCAUGCCUACGGUCACAGGAAAGGCGUGAGGUAUCUGACCAAUGGCCUUAAGGUCUACUACCUGCCUCUGCAGGUGAUGUACAACCAGUCCACCACCACCACCUUCAUCCACAGCAUGCCACUCCUGCGCAGUGUGUUUGUCAGGGAGCGCAUCACCGUGGUGCACUCGCACAGCUCGUUUUCUGCUAUGGCCCACGAUGCUUUGUUCCAUGCUAAGACUAUGGGCCUAAACACGGUGUUUACUGACCACUCGCUCUUUGGCUUUGCCGACGUGAGCUCAGUGCUGACCAAUAAGCUCCUGACAGUGUCGCUGUGCGAUACCAACCACAUCGUGUGCGUCUCCUACACCAGCAAGGAAAACACUGUGCUGCGCGCAGGGCUCGAUCCGGAGAUCGUGUCCGUCAUUCCCAACGCGGUCGAGCACAGCGACUUCACGCCCGACCCGUCUCAACGCCAUGACGACAGGAUCACCAUUGUUGUGAUCAGUCGCCUUGUCUACCGCAAAGGCAUUGAUCUUCUCAGUGGAAUCAUCCCCGAACUCUGCCUCAAACAUCCAGAUCUGCAUUUCCUCAUUGGUGGAGAGGGGCCCAAAAGACUUGUGCUGGAGGAAGUGAGGGAGAAAUACCAUCUGCAUGACAGGGUGCGCCUUUUGGGGGCUCUGGAACAUAAAGAUGUCCGAGGAGUUCUGGUGCAGGGUCACAUCUUCCUUAACACGUCACUCACAGAAGCUUUCUGCAUGGCCAUUGUGGAGGGAGCCAGUUGUGGACUGCAGGUUGUCAGCACUCGUGUUGGUGGGAUUCCUGAGGUUCUACCAGAGGACUUGAUCACGCUUUGUGAGCCAACGGUGCAGUCGCUGUGUGCCGGGCUGGAAACGGUCAUAGAGCGACACCGCUCUGGCUCAGUACCCACGCCCGCCUCCGUUCACGCUCGGGUGCGGAACCUCUACACCUGGAGAAACGUUGCGGAGAGGACUGAAAAGGUGUAUGACCGAGUAUGCGGCGAGGAGGUGCUCCCCCUCAACCGACGCCUCCGGAGGCUCAGGACUCACUGCGGCCCAGUGGCCGGCUCCAUCUUUGCCUUUGUGGCGGUUCUAGACUUCCUCUUCCUUUUGCUUCUCCAAUGGUUGCUGCCCGACAGGCUCAUGGACGUGGCCGUGGAUGCUAGCGGUCCUCUUGGACUGUGGCAGCAACAACCAAGCAAGAGUAACGACAAAACUUUGUUGAAAAGACUCGUCAAGUAAGCGGCUUCAUCAUGCUUGUUUAUUGGUCCCCAAAACUAUGGUGAGAUUAGGAACUACAACUUUUGUUUACGUUAUUUUCUUACGAUCUAUGUCUACUGUGUCAAAAUAUUGUCACUCACACAUUUUUUUUGUUCUAUUUAUUCUUUUGUUUCUUAAUCUUCGUAAGGACUCAUUUCCUACUUAUUAUCAUUCAUUAUAUUAUGAGCAUUUUUAUCAGUUAAACACUAAAUAUUACUGAAUGUUGACAUGAGCACUUUCUGGUCCCAUGCAGUUUUUGAUCAAACUGAAACAAGGGAAUCAUUUUAUGCACAUGUUUGAGACUUUUGUUUCCAUUUUUUCCUCCAGGCUAUGACCUAGUGUACCUCACAGUGCACUUUUUUUUUUUUUUCAACUAUGAUCUUUUUCUUAGGACAGGUUAGUCCAGUUGAGCUGGUAAAAGACAACCCCCUCAAUUUCUACUGUUUUCUUUAACAAAUAGUGAAGCUUAAAUGCUAAGCAUAUUGGGAAAAUCCAAUUUUUCAGGGCUAAUGGUGCAAAUUUGUAUAAAGUUUUUAUUAGCACAACAAUAGAUGAAACUAUACACUCCAGUGAUGCUUGGCUGGAACGUGUAGGCAAAUGUAAAACAAUUGUCCGUGUGCUAUUCUAUUAUCAGUGUAUUGUUUUAAAGUGGAAUUUCCAGUGUUCAAUGGAAAAUCUGGUUGAGGAUGCACAGUUCAAUGUCCAUCUACCUUUUCCCGUGAAUGGGUUGUGAAAAGACACCGUUAUGGAAGAACAUGAUCGAAAAGUAGCACCAUGGACAGCUCCAAAUGACUCCCCCUGCUGGUCACUUUCUUUCCAAAACAAACUUGGCCCACAACGUUCCUUCAGGGAUUCUGUUUAAGCUCCGCUUUGUUUUGAUUUCAGAGCAAAUUCUCCCAUGAGAAAUAAUAAAAAUGUACUUCAUAAAUGAA